UAUCGAACCAUUCACGAUUAUGAAACGAUAGCCUGAAAAGUUCCGUUUUUUAAUGUUCCCUAUUUCAUCCUUUUUUUGUCACUAAUCCCAAUUACUUAUUGAAAACUUGAAAAAUAUUGUGAGACAUCAUGCAGGCGAAUUUGUGGAAUUUAAUGACGACAGUCAGGCCUGCGAGUAUCAAACGUAUCAUAAAUCCAACAUUAUCAGUACUUCAACAGAGAAGAUAUGCUAGUACAAUAGAUGCUGAUAUAGUAGUAAUUGGUGCUGGUCCAGGUGGAUAUGUUGCUGCUAUCAAAGCUGCUCAAUUAGGAAUGAAAACAGUUUGUGUUGAAAAAAAUCCUACACUUGGUGGAACAUGUCUUAAUGUAGGAUGUAUUCCAUCUAAAUCACUUUUAAAUAAUUCUCAUUAUUAUCAUAUGGCUCACAGUGGAGAUUUAAAUAAUAGAGGAGUUGUUGUUGGAGAUGUAAAGCUCAACCUUGAUAAACUCUUAGAACAAAAAGACAAUGUUGUUAAAGCAUUGACAAGUGGAAUUGCUGGACUUUUUAAGAAAAACAAAGUUGAAUGGGUUAAAGGACAUGGAAAAAUUACGGGAAAAAAUCAAGUCAGCGCCCUUGGUCCAGAUGGUUCAGUAGAUACUACAAUUAAUACUAAAAAUAUUUUAAUUGCAACGGGAAGUGAAGUAACACCUUUCGGUGGUCUUGAAAUUGAUGAGAAACAAAUUGUAUCAUCAACCGGUGCUCUUUCAUUGAAUCCAGUACCUAAAAGACUUAUUGUUAUUGGCGCUGGAGUUAUUGGCUUAGAACUUGGAUCUGUAUGGCAAAGGUUGGGAUCUGAAGUUACAGCAGUCGAGUUUAUGCCAACAAUUGGUGGUGCUGGUAUUGAUGGAGAAGUUAGUAAAACAAUGCAGAAAAUAUUAGCAAAACAGGGAUUAAAUUUCAAACUCAGUACUAAAGUUACGGGAGCUGAGAAAGUUGGUUCUGAAAUUAAAGUAUCUAUUGAAGAUGCUAAAGACCCUAGCAAAAAAGAAACAUUGAUGUGUGAUGUUUUAUUAGUCUGUGUUGGAAGAAGGCCAUAUACACAAAAUUUAGGUCUUGAAGAUAUGGGAAUUGAGAGGGAUGAGAAAGGAAGAAUUCCGGUAAACAACAGAUUUCAAACUGUGAUUCCUAAUAUUUAUGCUAUUGGUGACUGCAUUCAUGGUCCAAUGUUGGCUCAUAAAGCCGAAGAUGAAGGAAUAAUUACUGUCGAGGGUAUAGCUGGCGGUGCUGUGCAUAUUGACUACAACUGUGUUCCUAGUGUUGUGUAUACACAUCCUGAAGUAGGAUGGGUUGGAAAAACAGAAGAAGAUUUGAAGAAAGAGGGUAUUGAGUACAAAAUUGGAAAAUUCCCAUUCCUUGCUAAUUCUAGAGCAAAGACCAAUUUAGAUACUGAAGGAUUUGCUAAAGUAUUGGCUUGUCAGAGUACCGACAAAAUUUUGGGAGUUCAUAUGAUUGGACCAGGUGUUGGUGAGCUUAUUAAUGAAGCUGUUCUUGCUAUGGAAUAUGGAGCAAGUGCAGAAGAUGUAGCAAGAGUAUGCCAUGCACAUCCUACAUGUUCUGAAGCUUUAAGAGAAGCUCAUCUCGCAGCGUACUUUGGAAAACCAAUUAAUUUUUAAAUAGUUUCUCAUCUGCUUGAAAUACAGCAUUCGAAAAAUUCAUUUAGCUUAUAACUAGAAACCAAAAUCCAACAACUCCAAACAGAACUGCACGAAGUGAAAGCCGUUGACAAUGAUAAAGUUGUCGAGUCAAAAGUUGUAAAUAAUAAACUUAUCAAGAUCUAUAAAAAAAGAUCAAAGAUCUUUUUUAAUAUCAUCUUAUCGUUGUACGAAUAUUGUAUUUAUUAAAAUAAAUUUCCAAAAUCUCUAUGUCUACAGUUUAAA